GUGCCGCGGGAUAUCACGAGAGGAUGAGCAAUAAUAACAAUAAUAAUAACAACACGGCGGAGGUGGACCGUUCGUUCGACACCGUCUGCUCGAGCAACGUGCCCAGUGUUUACUUCUCGACGGACGGCGGCGGCGGCGCGGGCAGCUGCCGCAACUCCGUGAACGAGUCGCACUACGACAACGCCGAGGACGUCUCGUUCGUGAUAGACGAGCUGGCGACGAUCGACAAGAAGAUUCGGGAUGGCGCGACGGAAAACGUCAUGACGGGCUCCUGCGAGAGUCUGGGCAAACGCAUCAACAAUGGCUUAUCGUAUUCGAACUACGAAGCCACCUCGAGCCUGUACUUCCGCGACGGCGUCAGACCGAUCGACUUUGUCGUCGUCUGGGACUGCUACAAGCAGGAGUCGGCCACCCCCAGAGCCGCCGAAAUGAGAAAGAUCUUCGAAGCCAAUCUCGCGGCCGAGGGCCUCGAACUCGAGUACGACGACGACGACGACCAGGAUGUGGAUAACAAUCAGCAUCAUCAUCAACGACGACGACAGAACGGCCUGCGCUUCUUCAAGAUCACGGCGCCGCGCGAGGUGCUGCGCCGCUACUCGGAGAUCCUCAAGCUGCGCAUGCCGAUGCGCGACGUCCCGGGUGGUCGGGGCGGCGGCCGUCUACCCACCAACAACAAGGGCCAACUGCUGCUGCGCGACGUCAAUCGUCGUGUGCGUCGCCGCUGCCUGGGCCGCUUCGAGGUCAACCCGGUGAUAUUUCCACCGCUGGAGCAUCGCUUCACCGCGGUCUACAGCCGCGACAAGGAGUACCUGUUCGACACCGAGGCCGGGGACUUUUUCACGCCGGCCAUCAGGUCGCGCAUCGUCCAGUUCAUACUGGACAGGACGAGAUUCGUGGGGCCGGGCAGCGGCGACGAUUUCGCCUUCGGCAUAGAGAGAUUGAUCAAGGUCGAGAAGGCCUACGCCGCGGCGUAUCCGUUGCACGACGGCACAUUAAAAACUCAAGAUUCGAUGAGAUAUUUACUAUAUACAGAAUGGGCGAGCAUUAAAAAAUGCUUCCAUUAUCAGCCGCUGGAUUACAUAAAAGAGUACUUUGGAGUAAAGAUUGGCCUUUACUUUGCUUGGUUGGGCUUCUACACUCACAUGCUACUAUCUGCCAGCGUCGUAGGCCUCAUGUGCUUUGCUUAUAGUCUGAUUACUUUGUUCUCGGACGAAAUCAGUAAUGAUGUAUGCACUUCCAACAUUACGAUGUGUGCACUUUGCGAUCACUUUUGCAGCACUUGGAACUUGAAAGACACUUGCUUUCACUCCAGAGUCACUUAUUUGUUUGAUAAUCCUGCCACAGUGUUCUUCGCUGUUUUCAUGUCCCUUUGGGCCACUCUGUUCCUGGAGCUGUGGAAGAACUACUCGGCGGAGAUAACGCAUCGCUGGGACUUGACGUCGCUCGACGUGCACGAGGAGCACCCGCGGCCCAAGUAUCUCGCCCGACUGGCCCACGUGAAGAAGAAGUCGGUCAACUUCGUGACGAACACCGUUGAGCCGAGGGUGCCGUUCUGGCGCGUCCGACUACCCGUGACGAUACUCAGCUGCUCCGUCGUGCUGCUUCUCAUCGCGGUGGCGAUGGCAGCCGUGCUCGGAGUCGUGCUGUACCGGAUGUCCGUGCUCACGGCCCUCUACGGUCUGUCUCGCAACGACAGCGACAACGACGGCGACGACGUUAAGGGCAGCUCCAACAACGUGGUCACGUCCUACGCCAUCCUCCUUACCACCGUGACGGCAGCCGGCAUCAAUCUCUGCUGCAUCGUCGUGUUCAACUGGAUCUACGUCUGGCUCGCCGAGUGCCUCACCGAGAUCGAGCUCCAGCGCACCCAGACCGAGUUCGACGACAGUCUCACCCUCAAGAUCUAUCUGCUCGAGUUCGUCAACUACUACGCCUCGAUCUUCUACAUAGCCUUCUUCAAGGGCAAGUUCAUCGGCCAUCCGGGCGCCUACAAUCGGGUCUUCGACUCGCGCCAGGAGGAGUGCGGCCCGGGCGGCUGCCUCCUCGAGCUUUGCAUCCAGCUUUGCAUCAUCAUGAUCGGCAAGCAGACCAUGAACGCCAUCCUCGAGAUGUGCUUGCCUUAUUUCUGGAAGCUCAUGAACACCCUGAGACUCGUGAGCCGCCGAAGGGGGGACCCGUUGACGUCACCCAGCAGCAGCAGCAGCAGCAGCGGCAGCAAGUACAUGCAUCUGCAGUGGGUGCGCGACUACAAGCUGGUCGAGUGGGGCCCCAGGAGUCUGUUCCCCGAGUACCUGGAGAUGGUGCUGCAGUACGGCUUCGUGACGAUCUUCGUCGCGGCCUUUCCGCUGGCGCCGUUCUUCGCCCUGGUCAACAACGUGAUGGAGAUGCGGCUGGACGCCAAGAAGCUGCUGACGAUGUAUCGCAGGCCCGUAAGCCAACGGGUGCGCGACAUCGGCAUCUGGUAUCGCAUCCUCGACUCGGUCUCCAAGCUCUCCGUCAUCACCAAUGGUUUCAUCAUAGCGUUCACCUCGAACUUCAUUCCACGACUGGUCUAUCGUCUAGCCGUGGCGAAGGACCGAUCUCUCGGCGGCUACCUCGACUACUCGCUGUCGAAAUUCAACACGAGCGACGAUCCCACGAUGAGCAUGAUAAGCGGCAACAGCACCAGUGGCGGCGAGAUUUGCCACUAUCCGGAUUAUCGCGAACCACCGGACUCGCCGAAUCGGUAUCAGUAUACCGAUUUGUUCUGGCACAUACUCGCCGCUCGACUCGCCUUCGUCGUCGUUUUCGAGAACUUCUUGGCUGUGAUAAUAAUAAUCGUGCGCUGGUGCAUACCGAACAUGAGCGCGAAGCUGCGCGACAAGAUACGCCGCGAGGCCUACAUCACCAACGAGAUCAUAAUUCAACACGAGGCUCGGCGCGCAGCCAUCACCAGGAGCUGCCUCAACGUCCUCGACGGAGCCGACAACGGCUCGCUGCUGGCGGCAGCGGCAGCGGAGACAAAUUUGCUGGGCGGCGGCGAUAACCCGACGACGGCCGUGGCCGACAGGUGGGAUCGAGUGCUGAAGAGCUCGCUGUCGCAGUCCGACUUCGAUCUGGAGGUUCACGGCAGUCCGAUGAUGAUAAAUAUGACGGAAUUAAUGGCUAAGAGCGGCAACAACAACAAUAACAAUGACAACGGAGACGUUUAAAUGAAUGGUUUGAAAGCAGAGAGAGAAUGAUUUUAUAUGUUGUGACGUUUUUUCGUGUAAUUGUUAUAAAGGAUGCAAAUGUUUUUGUUGUUAAAGGUAUGAAUUCUGUAAAAAAAUUUUAAAAAUACUCAUAAGAGAGCCAAUUAUUAUCGAUACCUAAUACAAUGGGUGUUCACAGUAAUUUAUCUAGAAAUGUAGUUUACGAUAAUAUUUUGAUCUUAUACAAAUAUUUGGUUGAUCCAAAUAAUAUUCAAUUUACACGUACUAUAUGAUUGUUUAUAUUAAAAUUAAGUCAAAUAAGGCCUAAGCUUUUUUUUUAAAAAGAAUUUAUUAAAUAUAAAUAUGCAUAGUUUGUUAUUUACUUAUACAUCGAUAUCGCAACUGUGAUGACGAGCUUAUUUAUACAUGUAAAUGUAUAAUUAUAUCGUUGAACCGCACUGACUGUUUAUGAAUAUCACCUGAACACUAUUCAAGACUGGAUCUUUGUACUACUUCUACAAAUUUAUUACUAUAUUACGUUAUAAAUGUAUAAAAAUAUACGUUUUCCUAAUAAAUAGUGAUAUUUAUUGAAACGUCCUAUAUUCAUUCCAUUCCCCAAUGGACCUCUUAUCCGAAGAGUAUUUUUUGAAACCGCGGUCUUGCAGUUUCUACUACAUUUUUCGAGCAAGAGAUUUCAAAUUAAUUGAAUUCAGUGCAUUACUGCCAACAUAACACGGAGUUUUAUCUUGACAGUUAGCUUACUCGUAAAUAGGCAGACGACGCGCAGCAGCCCACGAACAAGACUUCAGACGACAGUAAACAAACCGAGAAUUCCUCGUUGAGUAGCUCAAGUUCCAUAAUUUUUUAUUGUUUAUUUGGAUUGUUGGAUCGCAA